AAAUAUCGAUUGGUCUUAUCACAUUCGUCGCAGGAUGAUUAAUGCAUGCGACGGAAUGUGUUUCCAACUGAAGUCGCAUUAUUAGUAAGCAUGUUGCACCGAAAAAUUGUUUUGAGUGUAGGAUCAAUCUGGACAGUUGCAUCAUUAAUUCACUUGAUAGAUGGAGGGGUAGGUGGAAGUGGCGACGAUGACUACGAAGAUGAGGACAGACAUAACUCUUUAAAUUUGCUUUUAAAUGUAAACAGAAACACCAAGUCUACGAGAAAAUUGCAAUGCAGGUCCGCAGACAAAAGUCACCAUCGGCGAGGCGACUCCAAAAAUCAGCUGAUGAAUUUGCUGGGUGACCCAGAAAAGUUGACGAACGACAAGAAAAAGAGAGAAGAUGAAAGCCAUACCGAGAUGUGCUAUCGGAAUGAGAAGGAAGAGGAGAAUCUUGAAUUUGACGAAAAUCCUCCGACACGAGAUCCAAAUUUGCUGCCUCCGUCUGUACCAGAAAUGGAGAUCAAGGGCAAUAAUUCCAUUCUGGUCUCAUGGCGUGCUGUGGUGCGAGAAAAAUAUCCGAUCGAUUACUUCUUCGUAGAAUAUUACCAAUACAACCGCUGUGAGUUUUGCUCUAAAUGUUGCACGUGGGUCAACAAUGAGCCUAAGAAUAAAUCAUCGAAUGAAUCUUAUCACGAGGAGCUGAUCAAUAUUCUCGAGCCAAAUUUCGAUUAUAAGUUUAGAAUCUACAUAAUAUAUUGGAACGAAGAGAUUAUUCCGGGCGAAUUUUGCGAGCCUAUAAAACUUGUGUGGCCUAUUUAAAUUUGGAUACAUUUUGUCAAUCAGAUUCCGAGUUGCAGCCUCUACCCCACACAUACUACUCUCAAGGCAAGUGGGGUGCCACAAUUUUUCCAUCCAGUGCUUUAAAAGGAACAGUUAUCGUUGAAUAUUAUUGAAUUUUUAAAAUGCAUAAGAUACUUUGAAUAUUUGAGUCCAACAAAGCUACGUACUACAAUAUAGCAAUACUACUAAUUUAAGGAUUUAGCUUUGCCUAUGCGGUGCACUUCUUUGUUGUUAAAUGCGUAGUAAAAAAGACUUUGAUUUUGUUAUUGGUGUUUGUGUUUUUUAUGCAAGUUGUGAAUAAUAAAAUUCAUUAGAUUUAGAGUAGCUUUUUCGUUUUUAACGCCACAUUUAGAAUGCAUCGAGUUUACAAACGGACAUCUUUAAAGAUUUUUCAAGGAUGCAGAACCCUGCAGGUCGAAUCAUGAAUAAUCAGGCAGUAUUGUAAAGCUCGGCGUGAUACUCGUUUUGUGAUACAAAAUUCUCUCUUCAAUAUAUUAUUCGCGCAAUGAAGAGCUGAGGAAAGAGGCAUAAAGAAAGACAAACCAUCAUGAUAACUUGUUAUCAAACAUUAAAAGCGAUUAUUAACGAGAUGAAUGAGUAUAGCUUUCAAUAUUUUUCUAGUCAGGCUGCAUGAUGAGCUUGUUUACAAAAUGUCGAACUGUGCGGCCCGAAGUGAGGUGGCCACUCAUUUUAAUUCUCCUUAAAUACACCGCAGUUUUAGGGUACACAGUUGCCGCGAAAAAAGACAGUCACAUCCAGGCUCACGAAUCACGUGGUGACGAACCUUUCACGAAACGAGUCUGUGCUCGGCCACCGAAGAAGCUUCAUCGACUAACUCGAUCGAGCGACACUGUCGAAGACUAUGACGUCAACGGCGAAAGAGUGAACCAUCUGUUUUUGGCAGAGAGGGACGAAAAGCAAGAAGAGGUUCACGAUGUCGUGCAAGAAGCCGAUACUGAAAUGAUUAAGCAGCGAUCCCGAUGCGGUUUACCGCUCGGCGUCGAAGCAAAAGUCGUUGACGAGAGGUGUUUCAAUAUAAGUUGGUACGCAGAGACCCCGCAAAGAGUCCCAAUCAAAUAUUUCAUGUUGGAGUAUGAUCAGGCGAAAAGAGAGAACGAGACGGUGAUCCAGUGUCGGCAGUGGGUCGAAUCCGAGAGCAACAUCAAAAACAAGACUCACUCCUUUCAUACUCAUCUCAUAACUGCAUUGACUAACGGUCAUUUUUACCAGUUUCGCGUAGUGUCCCACUGCAACGACGACAUGACCAGCGCUUCGCCCAAAACUGCGUGGAUAUACAUGCCCGGCGACGGCGGUGCAUUGCGGGUAACCCACCCUCCCGGCUUUACUCCUCCGCCGUUUCCUGCGCAUUGGUAGCUGAUUCCUAAUAAUAUUAUUGGAUACCUUGAUCUCGCUGCUUAGCAACUGUCAUAUAAUUUAGCUAAAACCAAACUAAAAACUGUGAAUGAAGUUAUAAAUAAAAUAUAUUGCUUUGUAAAAUUUCAAAA